GCAGCCAGACGUGGCAGCGGUAUCAUGGCUUCUUGGACCCGCCACGAGAGACGGAUGAGAGAUCUCGAGAUGUUCAUUCUCGUUUUGCUGCUCUGGGUGGUGACUGUGCUGCAGGCAGCCAAGGUGUCUCCACUUAUCGAGCGUGUCAGCGACCACAAGGACUUCAAGAAGCUACUGAGGACACGCACCAAUGUCCUCAUCCUCUACACCAAAUCUGGCACGGCGGGCGAUGCUCAGCUCAAGCUUUUGUCAGAUGUUGCUCAGACCGUCAAAGGACAAGGAACAAUAGCCUGGGUGAAUUGUGGUGACACGGAGGGCCGAAAGCUGUGUAAGAAAGUGAAGGUUGACCCCAGCUCCAAGAAGACUGGAGUGGAGAUGCUGCAUUACAAAGAUGGAACAUUCCACACAGGAUACAGCCGCCCAGAGACGUUUAAGUCCUUGGUGGCGUUCCUGAAAGACCCUACGGGUGCUCCUCUGUGGGAGGAGAACCCAGAAGCCAAAGACAUCGUCCAUGUCGAGACAGAGAAGGACUUCCGUAAGCUGCUGAAGAGGGAGGAGAGGCCGAUCCUCAUGAUGUUCUAUGCCCCAUGGUGUGGUGUUUGCAAGAGGAUGCAGCCAGUCUUUCAGCAAGCUGCUACUGAGACCAAGGGCAAAUUCAUUCUCGCAGGGAUGAACGUGCACCCAGCCGAGUUCGACGGACUCAAGCAGGAGUACAACGUUAAGGGCUACCCCACCUUCUGCUACUUUGAGAAAGGGAAGUUCAUGCAUCAUUACGAGAACUAUGGAGCCACGGCCAAAGACAUCGCUGACUGGAUGAAGAAUCCUCAGCCUCCCCAGCCCAAGAGUCCAGAGGUGCCGUGGUCGGAGAGCGACUCUGCCGUCUUUCACCUGACUGACGACACCUUUGAUGGCUUCCUAGAGGAACAUCCAUCGGCACUCAUCAUGUUCUACGCGCCAUGGUGUGGCCACUGCAAGAAGAUGAAGCCAGAGUAUGACGACGCUGCAGAGGUCCUCAACAAAGGCCCAGAUAGCCCUGGGGUGCUGGCUGCGAUGGACGUCACCAUCCACAAGUCGGUGGGCGAGCGCUUCAAGAUCUCAGGCUUCCCCACGGUGAAGUACUUCGAGAAGGGGGAGGACAAGUACACGCUGCCCCAGCUCCGCACCAAGGACAAGAUCAUCGAGUGGCUUAAAAAUCCCCAGGCUCCCCCACCCCCAGAGCAGUCCUGGGAGGACAGGCCGUCCAGCGUCAGCCAUCUUGGAAUGGAGGACUUCCGCGAGGCGCUGAAGAAGAAGAAGCACGCUCUGGUUAUGUUCUACGCCCCUUGGUGUCCGCACUGCAAGAAUGCUGUCCCCCACUUCUCCACGGCGGCCGAGCUCUUCAAAGAGGACCGCAAGAUUGCCUAUGCGGCGGUGGACUGUACUAAGGGCCAAAACCACGAGCUGUGCAAGCAAGAAGGUGUGGAGGGCUACCCGACGUUCAACUAUUACAACUACGGAAAGUUCCACGAGAAAUACAACGGAGAUAGAGGGGAGGCGGGCUUCAUCGGCUUCAUGCGUAGCCUAAGGGGGCGGGACCAAGAGAAGGUUGGCAAGCGGAAGGAGGAGCUUUAAGAGUGAUUGGGGCCUUGGACCAAUC